AUGCUAACACUGUUUUUAUUGCUGCACUACUUAAAUGGAUAACCAUGUGCCACUCCCGUUACUUUGAUUGGCACUACUUAAACUAGUGGAGUUUGCACUCCCCCAGUACCUGGAGCAUCCCUCAUCAAAUUCCCAUUUGCUACCUUAGGUGCUACCACAGAGAAUGCUGUCAAGUUCUCUGUAUCUUUUUGGCUCAAACCUCCCAGUGCACCUACAUUGGGUGGUAAGUCAUACGGCAUUCUUCGGGUAAGCACAGAUACCACAGAUACAGUUCCCACAACUACGGAAGGGAUAAGAUUGGCUGUGUACUUUUCGCUGGACUCCGUUAAUAGAGGGUUCUAAUUGGGAUACUCAGAAUCGCCAAGUGACCCCAUACUCUAUACUGAUAUUACUCAGAUGGGUGCUGCAUAUUCAGGAGAUUGGAUGUUUAUUUAUGCAGGCUUAGACUAUACUACUGGAGAAUUAAAAUUAAGCACUUGGGAAACUAAGUAAAUAUUUUGGCAACAAAAGAAGUUCUCAGCCUCAAAAGUGAAUUUCAACACUCCCUUGUCAACAAACACAGCUAUUGAAGCAUUGUACUGGGGCGCACAAGACAGUUUUUGUGGGGACAUUAAAAAGUUGAAAUGGAUGCCAAAUUACUAUGAAACUACAGAUGAAAAUAUAUUUAAACUUGCUUACUUUCUGGAAGGAAAAACAAAUGCCGGAUGCUACUUAUAUCGGUUUGAUAGGGUUACUAAAACCACAGUUACGAACCUUGCAAGUUCAGGAACUUUGACUUUACAAUAAGCAAUGAAAUUUACAUAUUACGAACUGGAUAUAACUCAUCCUGUCCUAACUAUUCCUAUUGCUAAAUGGACUACUGUUACAAGUUCUUAUACAUUUGGAACCUACAUCCUUCAAAAGAGUUUGCCUCAAUUCGCAGCUGAUAUUAUUUUGCUAUAGAGAUAAACAUCAGGAGCUGUAAACCUAUUUUCUAUCAAAUUGGCACUGCAGGCAAGUGGUAAAUUAGGUAUUGUAUUGACUUUGGAAACAGUGGCUAAACUAAUAGUCCAAUUUGAUUGUCAAGUGGAUUAGUGGUAUUUUCUUCAAUUAUCUGUCGCUUUUGCGGGAAGCUUAUAAAGUUAGGUUAAUACUCUAUCCCAUUAUCAUAUUGUGGCUUAGGAUGGGUCAAUCCUAAGUGGAUAUGUUCAAAUCACUUACACAGCCACAAUAAGUAGUAAGUAUUCAGGAACUGAUAAAUCUUACAUUGGAGACGCUCUAAAUCCGUAUUAAGAUUUGAAGAGGGAUUCUAAAUAUUUAUAAACAAUCCUUGCUAAGCAGAUUGCACAAUCGGUAGAUACAGUUUGA